AUGCCCGGCCACCCCACCCUAAUCAAACCCCCGGGCCCCUCCCAAAACAAAUCCGCCAUCGAAGACGUCCUCGAACUCACCCAACUCGACGACAUCGAACCCAACCUCUUCACCAACACCCGGCCCCUCUGGCACCCCCCCGGCGCCCGCGGAAUCUACGGCGGCGCCGCAAUCGCGCAAUGCCUCGCCGCCGCCCAACGCACCGUCCCGAAUAACUUCACCGUUCACAGCAUGCACUGCUACUUUGUGCUGAACGGCAACGCGGACGUGCCGAUCAUCUACCACGUCGAGCACGUGCGGGAGGGCAGGAGUUUCUGCACGCGGACGGUGCAGGCGCGGCAGCGGGGACAGCCGAUCUUCACGACGACGCUGUCGUUCAUGCGGGAAGGGGCGGGCGGGAAGAAGCAGGUCACGCAUUCGCAUCCGAUGCCCGCCGGGGUGGUGUUGAAGGAUGUCGAGGACGAGGACAUUUAUCGCGGGAAGCACAGUCCGUUCAUCAGCCAGCGGAUCGAUAUCAUGAACGAUGAGAGCGGCGACGUACACACGAAGAAGCCGCGGCAGUGGAUUAAAGCGAGAGGGAGGAUUAGCGAGGCCGGAGGCCACCAGGCGCAUUUGUCUGCGCUGGCGUAUAUGAGCGAUUCGUAUUUUAUCGGGACCGUAGCGAGGGUGCAUAAGCUGUGGCGGCAUUCGACGGAUUCAAAAAAGAAUGCUUCUGGCGGGGGUGGAAAGAUGGGCAUUACCCCGGAGAUGAUUAAGAAGCUGAAGUCGAUGGAUGACGAGACGCUGAAGAGGAUGGAGGGGAUGGACGAGGAUGUGAUUGCUCAGCUCAAGUCGUUGGAUGUGAAUGAGAAGGGGGAGAUCGUGUUUGAGGAGGCUACCCGACGGCCAGAGAUCGGGAUGAUGGUCAGUCUGGACCAUAGCAUUUACUUCCACUCGCCGAGGGAUUUCCGCGCGGACGAGUGGUUGUAUACCGAGUGUGAGAGUCCGUGGUCGGGCGAUGGGAGGGGUCUGGUGAUGCAGAGGAUGUAUACGAAGGAAGGUAGAUUGGUGGCCAGUUGUGUGCAGGAGGGCGUUGUGCGGUUACGACAAGAUACUCCGGCUUCGAAACUCUGA